AUGGCUAUUAAAAAGGAAUCUAAUUCUGAAUCUGACCCAUCUUCUUAUUUUGAAAUAGAUGAAGAAUGUGAAUGUGGAAGACGUUAUGAUAUUGGCAGUAGGGUGAUUGGUGGCGAAGAAACACAACCAAAUGAAUAUCCAUGGGCUGUGGCAAUUUUUAGAAAAGGAAAAAUAUUCUGUGGUGGAUCGUUGAUAAAUGACAAAUAUGUUUUGACUGCUGGUCAUUGUUUGCAUUGGUAA